GUUGUCGACAUCACGCUAACAUAAGUCACAUGACUGAAUUGUUAUGCAACGAGGCAGCCAAACAAACUCAGCCAUAAAUUCCAGUGUAGUCGCAAAUAUGUCCACCUGUUACUCAGCAAACCAGUAUGACGACGCUUUCAGGCCAAAGAGGCUACAGAACUGGUGUCAGGCGAAGCAAGUCAACAAGGAAUAAAACGGCAUCUACAGUGCCAGGAUUCAUGCGAGAGCGCCUGGCCUCUAAAAUGCACCCUGCUGCGCUGAAGGAACGCUCACUUGCGUCACUUGUUGCUGGGACGCGGUGCCAUCUUUUUCUUUUUUUCUUCUUCUUUUGUGUUUUGUUGUGCUGCAGUGCCUGAUGAAUAAUUGCCUGUUUCAAAGAGUGCUGCUCGUUUUUCAUAUGUAGGUAACAACAUUUAACUAUGUAUAUAUAUUUCCGAAUUGGUUCAACCGCCAACCGCCCGCAUCUAUUUAAAAUCUAUUUUUACCCGUCCGACCCGCGGUUUAUCCGCGGACUGCGCGGUUGUGUCCGCAAACCGCGCAUCUCUACUGCAUACACUAUAGGACUAAAUAAAGUUUUUAGGGUGGUUACAUUGGCAACUUAACACUGACUAUUUUCUGUGAUAGCGUAGCGGGUGCACCAAUAAAUAACGUCCUACAACACAACACGUACAGAGUGAACAUUGGUUCCGCCAUCGAAUCAACCCACAUGUAUUUAGAAAGGCAUAUCUUAUGAAUAUAAAUAUUUAUACAAUUCACAAAGCGGUUGUAUAUGACCAAAAUCCCUUAUUUAAAACGGGGCACUCUUUUUCUUAAGUCACCCAGACCACUAAAGGGCCACACCACCUUUGUUGCAGACAACAGAGGACAUCUUAUUCCUGGAAUGGUUAAGAAAGGCAGUGCUUGGCCCGACUUUAAAGGGACCUGGGAUCUACCGGCUCGUAUUCCAGCUCAGAACAUCAACCCGACCAGCCGCUCUGUGGAAGGUAUGAACAGGCUGAAGGCCUGGGGCAUAGACCCUCAGCACACUGGCAAGUCUGGGCCCCUAGGAGGCAGCAAAAACACAGAUGGACCGAAGGGUGCUGGUUGGCAGAGAUCGAGGAGUGACGUCUCCGCCGCUUUGUCUACAAACCUCCCGGUUACUGCAGACCACAAAUAUGGCAGACAGAAGCAGGUCACCCACGCUGACCGUGCAUCGUACAUCGCCGAAGGGCAGACUGCUGCGGCUUCUGUGAUGAGCGCACAGAGCCAGAGCGAGUCCACCUUGUGCUCUGAAGGCGUCAGCACGAGACCCAACACCGGGAGCAUCGACCAAACGAGCCCGCGCAGCGUCGAGUUUCGACUACCAUGAACUGGCCUUCCAACCGCUGCACGGAAAAUCAGACAUGAAACAGUCAGAAAUCGAACCAACUUAGUCAAUAUCGUUUUCCAUGGAUCGUCCUUUCAGUUUGGUAUCGCUCUCAUAAAUCACAACUUCCUGAUUCGGUGGUGCAAAAAUAAACUGGCAAAGGAAAAAAUGUUUACACUAUAAAACUUCACGGUGGACAAAGUGUGACAAAAGUCAUCAUGAUCUGUUAAUGAGGUGAAAUCUGAUCUGUAGUGAAGACAAGAAGAGCUCAGUGCUCACCUACUUUGGUGUUUCAUCAUUACACAUUUUGACUUAUAGACAUAUAUUAUGGCAGCAAUAAAAUAUUAAAAGCUUGUUUAAAUACUGCAAGUCAGUGUUUCUUAACCAUAGGGUCAGCGCCGCAAGCGUCCCCUAGAGGGCCGGCAAAAAAUAAUUGUAUCUCAGCCGUGGUCUGUAUUGCUUGUAUUCCGUCACGUGACGUCUUCCUGGAAGUGAAAACCAAGUCAAGAUGACUGCCGUACAGCAAACAUGAGUACAAAAGAGGCUUUAAUCUUCCUGCAAAAAGCAGAUAUGAGCAUAAAAUCUAAUUAUGCAAUUGAAUAGCUCCCUAUAGUUUAUCAAAAAAAGAUUUGUGGAGUGAUAUCAAGGAUUAUACGCUGAUUGCGUUACCAGACAUAUGGAACUAUUGUGCUCCAUACAUCAUUCCACGUGACAAAACAGAUGAAACUUGGAAAAGCAUGGAGGUCUACACUGUCUUUGUGUGUGGCUGGGUCAAGAACAUUGGUAUCAAAACUUUCCCUGUUGUUGCACACGCCGUUUACGAGUAGCGUGGUUUUCCCCGUCUUUAUCAAAAUAUAUGUAUCAUGUAUGUGGCUGAAAGAUUCAUUUAUAAUUGUUUAUCAAUAUUUAACUAUGGAUGUCAACAUUGUGUAUGUGCUGAAAGAUUCAUUUAUGAUUAUCAAAAUAUAACUGUCAAUAUUGUGUAUGUGCUGAAAGAUUCAUUUAUGAUUAUUUAAAAACAACAACUAUAGAUGUCAACAUUGUGUAUGUGCUGAAAGAUUCAUUUAUGAUUGUUUAUCAAAAUAUAACUAGAUGUCAAAAUUGUGUAUGUGCUGAAAUAUUCAUUUAUGAUUGUUUAUCAAAAUAUAACUAUAGAUGUCAACAUUGUGUAUGUGCUGAAAGAUUAAUUUAUGAUUGUUUAUCAAAAUAUAACUAUAGAUGUCAACAUUGUGUAUGUGCUGAAAGAUUCAUUUAUGAUUGUUUAUCAAAAUAUAACAAUAGAUGUCAACAUUGCGUAUGUGCUGAAAGAUUCAUUUAUGAUUGUUCAUCAAAAUAUAACUCGAUGUCAAAAUUGUGUAUGCUGAAAUAUUCAUUUAUGAUUGUUUAUCAAAAUAUAACUAUAGAUGUCAACAUUGUGUAUGUGCUGAAAGAUUAAUUCAUGAUUGUUUAUCAAAAUAUAACUAGAUGUCAACAUUGUGUAUGUGCUGAAAGAUUCAUUCAUGAUUGUUUAUCAAAAUAUAACUUUAGAUGUCAACAUUGUGUAUGUGGCUGAAAGAUUAAUUUAUAAUUGUUUAUCAAUAUUUAACUAUAGAUGUCAACAUUGUGUAUGUGCUGAAAGAUUCAUUCAUGAUUGUUUAUUAAAAUAU